AUGUGGAAAAGCGCUCUUGCCCAAGUAGGCAACCGCGCCGGCAAGACGCUGCCACGCCCAGCGCCCCAUACGUUGCCGAACGAGGUAGCAGCCGAGCUUCGCAAUUCGCGCGUCUAUUCCGGAAACCGCACGGACCCGCUGUUUUCCCCUAAAGCCGACGCCCUUUGCGAUUCACGCACUGAUUACCUCACACAUCUUCAGAGCAGCAGUCUUUACUCCUCCCUCUCAACAUUGACACCAGUUGUGUGCACCACCGAUGAGAACGACACUCUCUUACGAAGUGCAGAGAGGCUCUCGUUUCUCCAUGCCCAGGAGGCCUUUUGCGCCUUGAUCAAAGCAGGAGAGGCGCAAAGCGCACUUCAGCUGACAACGUUUUGGAAGUACCGGAGGCCAAAGCGCUUAAGAGUGGCCCGUGCGAAGGUGAGGCAGGAGCUUGUUCGCACAAUUCGCGCCUUGGAGGAGCUGAAAGACACCUCGACAAUGAAGGCGCUGAUUGAAGUCAUAAGCUCAGCCCUCAAGGAGCAGCAGCUUGCCCGCAAAUCUUCGUUGCAAGCGGUGUCACUAACACACAGCGACGUCUGCUCACCAUUCAUUGAAUACAAGCUUUUUGAGCCCCUCGGUUCGACAGCAACCGCACACAUCCUCGUCUGCGCCGCGGAAGCCGCAUGCCGACUCGGUGAUGGAGAAGGAAUGUCUGUCUUGGAAAAGCUAGCCAUUUUGGACAAGUGUGCCCAUGUCAGCGCCACUAAGGCUGGGACAGCCCGCCUACCGUAUCAGCUGUACCGUUUGCUUGAGGCGUGGACAGCUGAAAGAGUGUUGGAUACAAAACUUGUUGGACACGUCUGCCCCAACCUGCCCUCCAAGCUGGUGCAUCCUUCUCACUACACUACCUUAGACAUCCUCUCUCUCAGCGCCAAGGAGGCACGUUACAUUCAAAGGAACUGGGUUUCGCGGGGCCUUUUUCAACCCUACUCGGACAAGCUGAGUCAGCUCUCAACAUGGAGUGGCAUGGUGAGUCGGCUGCUGGCUAGCUCAAAGGCGUUACAAGCUGUUGAGGCAAAGUGCUUACUAGUAGCCCUGAUGUGCGGCCCUGUAACACGUGCAACCACGCUCGACAGCCGCGCCAUUACUGCUGCUCGGAAGAGUAUUGUGAGACUUCUCCGUAGCUCACAGCCUGGCGUCCGCCGUCAUGCUGCCGCAAGUCUACUGAAGAAACGGCACCUUUUCGCGCCAUUGCGAAUAUCACCUCCAACAACGGCAUACGUUUACCUUCAGUCUUUCCAUUCUAAAAGUGCGGUGGACCCGACGCUCUGUAAAAUCUGCGCAGCGCUUUUUUUCCGAAUGUGCCGCGCCGGUCAGUACGUGGGCGCGGCACGGGUGGUAUGGAAUCAUCUCUCUGUUGAAUGCUCCGCCACCGCGGGACUCUUCAAGAGAAAUACGAUGGUGGUGGAACUUGCGGCAGUGGCAAUGAGUCAGGCAAUGCGUGAGGCGUGCGCCAAGAAGUAUGGUCAGAGUUGGAUGGGGUAUCGCUCCCUGGCAUUACUGCGUACAGCCGCCUCCACUUCUCAGCACGUUACCGUGAUGCACUGCGUUCCCGUGUGUGUCGGCGCGCUCGAAUGCGGCGUCCCUUUUGCGGCCGUGAGUGAGGCACUUUCACAUAUCUUUAGCGACGAUGCCGCGCAGAAAGCGUGGGCACUCAAUCUGGUACGAUUAUGCUCCGAUGCAGAGAUGACACCGACACAGGUGAAGGCAAACCGUUGCGGGAUCGCCACUGAUGUUGCCUCCUAUCUGGCGCAAGCGUGUCGCGUUCAGGGGAAUAAAGACGGGAAGGCAACACUACAGACGCCUUCGCGGAGCAAACAGCUCGCCUUGUGGACAACACUGACGGCGCCGGACUCGAACCCUCGCUUGAAUGCGCUGAUGACGGCUGUCUAUUUGGAUGGCAGCGCCCGCGACUCCAUCCUUGAGUGCACGUGGUGUCAUCGACAGUCGCAGAACACGCGGGUUUUCUCUCAGAAGGAACGCGCAACCAAAACGCCGCUUUCAGACAUUUGGUAUUGGGAGGUUGCGGCUGCCAUGGCUUCGAACUGCUCCAGCGUUGAGAGCCUCACAUCAUUUCUGAAGUGCCUGAACCACCGAAAACCGCGUGGCACCUCGUGCACUGGCGAAAACGCAGAUAAUGUUGCCGCACUCCUGUGUAGUGAGCUGGAUGCUGACCACUGCACUUCUGUGGCCUCUCUAGGGCAGUACCACCAUUUUCAGUCUUCAGCGAGCGCAUAG